CGAAAAUGCGCUUCUCCGGUUUAUCGAUUUCGCGCGCGAUGUACGAUUCGAAAUAUACGCUGGAGGAUAAGCCUAAACGGAGGCUAGAUAAUCGUAGAUAACACACAUAUCGUACGUGCUUCAAAUUGUUUAACAUGCAAUAUUGAUUACGCGUCUACAAUUUCGCUGCAAUGGUGAUUUUCAUGGCAGUGCUUUGAGCGACGUGUAUUCGAGCUAAUCACUACACUCCAGAUAGAUAGAAAUGGAGAUGGACGCAGCGAUGGACCUGCUGCAGGGAGUGCAGGAAGCGGACGCUCCGGCACCGAGCCCUGGCGAUUUCAAGAUGCCAUCUCUGGAUAAAUUGCUGGAGGCUCUGGAUGGCUUCGAUAUGCCGGAGGAAGAAAAGGCCAAGCUGAAGGAGUCUCUCACAGGCAAAGGAGACUUCCUCAGCAAGAUGGGCAACUUGGGAGCCGGUAUGCUCAGUCAGAAGGCGACGGCACCGCCGCCCAUCGGUGGUGGUUUCGAUCCCACCACGCAAUACAUGAUUUUCUUCGCGGCGUUUGUCAUCAUCCUGGUUAUUUUCGUGUUCUUCGGCUACAGAUUAUAUUCAUCGCUCAUGCUGAGGGAGAGAAAACGCGAAGAGAAGAAAAAGCAGAAGUUGCAGAAGAAAAAGAAGUAGUCCUGUCCAAUAUUCCGUUUACUUUUUUAACUACUAUUUGUUAUUUUUAUUUUGUAAUUCUUUUUAACCCUUGACAACUGCAUUUUCUUAAAUAAAAAUCAAAUAUAUCUACAUCUACUGUUGCAUUUAUACACAUAAAAUGGCAUAGGGAAACUACGCUGUGUUGUGAAAAUAAACUAUUUUUAUGUUAA